GAUCAGACAUCCUAUCGCAGGUAAUGGCCGGCUAUAAGUAGCUACACUUUGUGUUUUGGUCCCAUAUGGCUAUGGAAAAACAGAUUAUUUGGGAGGACCCCGACAGUAUCUGAACCCAAACCUUUAGUUAGUUUUACCUUGUAGAAAUGGCAACAAGUUCCUUAGAAGAGAAAUGGGAACAUCCAGACCGUAGUGCUCAAGACGAAGAAGAUCAAGAUCAGGAAGAGGAAGAAUCAUUAUCACUGUGUGAUUUACCGGUCAAUAUGGUGAAAGGAGAGAACAACCAGUCAACCAGGGAUCAAGAAGCUCAUAAAGAAACCGAAACAAAUCAAGAGGAUUUCGACUUUGGUCCCUUCAGGGGUGGUGAUGGCUCUCUUUCUAACAAAUCAGACAUGUGUGCAGCUGAUGAUAUAUUCUUUCAAGGCCAAAUUCUCCCUCUUCGUCUCUCAGUUAGCUCAGAAAGUGGUGUUAACAAGUUCAAGAAUGAUACCAGCUUGAACCCAUGCCACUGCCUAUCAAGGUCAGAGUCCAUGGACCACAAUUCACUUGGUGGUUUAACAAGUUUCAGUAGCAGAAGCAGUAGUAGCAGAAGUCAUUACUCAUCAAGCAGCACCAGCACAAGCUCUGCCAUCGCCAGCACAAGAAUGAUAAAGCCAAUAAUUCAAAACCAGUUCCUUACACAUCCAAGUCCAAAGCCUCAAAUUAGACUUUCCAGUGCCUCGAUGGGGAAUGCAGCUAGUAGCAAACCAAGAAAUUCUUCGGUUUGGGACUUUUUUAGACUGGGUUUGGUCCGUACACCAGAGAUUGAAUUUGAAGAUCUCAAGGUUCGUAAUUAUGUUAGUAGGAAUAGUAGCUCUAGUAGCAGCAAUUCAAGCAUCAACAAGUGUAGCAAAAUUAACGUUAGCAAUGGCAACAGUAAAAGCAGUCGGAAGAUCAAGAACGAGAGUAGACAUAAUAGCAAUGAUAGUGGGAAGAAGAUGGGAAAACGGAGUUUGUUGGAGAAAAGAGGAGGGUUGUUAAGUGGAUGUAGCUGUUCAGUUAGCACAGUGAAACCAGUUCCAUUGAACAAUAAUAUUGUUGUCGUGAAAAGCAGUAACAGUAGGAGUCAUAGCGCAGGAAAUGGCAAUAAUGAUAAAGGUGAAAGAGGGUCCAUGGAGCUAGAGGAGAAGCUGCAAGAGUUGAAGAUGAAGAAAAGAAUGGUGCAAAAGCAGCAGGAGGGAAAGCAAGCUAUGUCACGUCAUCGAACGUUUGAGUGGAUAAAGGAUCUUUCACAUGCUACCUAUCUUGACCAUGAAGAGGAAGCUGUCUAGACUCUUUUUUAAGAACAAUGCCUCUCGCAGCAUGCCUGUAUUCCUUUUAUCAUUAUCUUUUUCUCUGCCUUUUGUUUUCUGGAUUCACUUUUUCUUUAAUUUUGAAUUUUCGUUUUCUUACUUA